AUGGGAACUGUUUUUAUUAAGUCUAUUGAUGCUUCUCACAUGUCCCAAACUGCUGAAAAUCUUUUUCAAAUGAUUGAUGAUGUUAUUGAAGAUGUUGGAGAAGAUAAUGUUGUGCAAAUUGUGACUGACAAUGCAGCCAAUUACAAACGCGCUGGAGAGCUAUUAAUGCAGAAAAGAAAGAGGCUGUUUUGGACUCAUUGUGCAGCACAUACCAUUGACUUGAUGUUAGAAGAUUUUGAGAAGCAUAUAGCGGUUCACCGUGAAACAAUUCCAAAGGGCAAAAAGAUUACAACAUACAUAUAUGGAAGGACUUUUCUCAUUUCUCUCUUAAAAAAGGCCACCAAAGGAAAAGAUUUGAUAAGACCGAGCGCCACUCGUUUUGCUACAUCGUAUUUAACUUUGGGGUGCCUCUAUGAGAAUAGUAGUGCUGUAAAGAGGGUUUUCCUCUCAGAUGAAUGGAAGGCUAGCAAAUACUCAAAGUCAAAUGAGGGAAAACUUAUUGCAAGUUUGGUUGAUGAUAGUCUCUUUUGGAAAAAUGUUUUAUUUUGUAUAAAGGGUGCUUAUCCGUUGUUCAAAGUGUUGAGGUUGGUUGAUUCUGAGGAGCCAGCUAUGGGAUUUCUUUAUGGAGAAAUAGGGAAAGCUAAAGAGGAAAUUAAAAACGUCUUCAAAGGUGUUGAGAAUAGUUAUAUGCCUUUAUGGAAUAUUAUUGACGCAAGAGGAUUAUAUGAUGCUUUGGAUAAGGUUUUGGGGAUUGAGAAUGGACUUGAAUUGAUGGAUUCUCAACUAGAAGAUUUUAAGUGUAGGAAAAACUUUAUGGGUUGCAAGGCAGCCAAGAUUUCAGUGUACAAUAAAAGUCCAGCACAAUGUGGGAUUCUUAUGGAGAUGAAAAUCCGGAGCUUCAAAGAGCGGCUAUUCAAAAUUGGCAAGAAGAAAAAUAAUAGAAAACCUCUUAUCCAUGAUCUUGAGGAUCUUCCAUCGGAUGAAGAUUGGGUUGUUGAAGAUGAAAAUGAAACUAACAUGGAAGGAGACUUGGGUUUGGAUGAAGAACAAGAGGAAAACUUGGAUUUAGAAACUCAAAUUGAAGAAAACAUGGUGGGAAUCCAAAGUGGAGAAAACAUGGUUGUAAACUUGGAAGUAGAAGAAAUGGUUGAAGAACAAGUACAAGUUGCCGUGGGAGAUGACGACGACGAUGCUAACUUUGAGAAUUUGAUGAACUUUGUACUCUAA